AUGGAAUUCCAUAGCAAAGAAUUCAAGGUAGGCAAAUGCGAAGGUCAGAAGCUAGUGGACGGCGAGACCAUGCCUCUAGUGCUGCAGCCGCCGGAGCCGGAAAAGAGAGACGUUGAAUCGCUGUUGUUGGCUUUAAAGAAUAACAGAGACUGGUUUGAGCAAAUGAUAAUCAAGAACAGUGCAGUCCUUCUCCGAGGUUUUGAUGUAAAAAAAGCAGAAGAUUUUAAUGACAUUCUCGAAGUUUUUGGUUGGGAAGAUAUUCGUUAUGUAGGACCUGCUCCAAGAACUCAUAUAUAUAAACGAGUAUGGACUGCUAAUGAAGGUCCUCUCUCUGAGUUUAUAUACUAUCACCAUGAAAUGGUUUUGAUAAAAGAAUUUCCCAGGAAGGUAAUUCUUUUCUGUGAUAUUCCACCACCAGAAGGAGGACAGACACCGUUUGUUCCAAGCUUUAAAGUUACAGAAAGAAUGCUAGAGGAGUUCCCUGAACAAGUCGAAGAAGUUGAAGCUAAAGGGCUCAAGUACACUUUCACAGCUCUUAGUAACAAUGAUACUGGAUCCAUGAGAGGUAGAGGUUGGGAGGAUGCUUUUGGAACAUCAGACCGUGCAGAGGCCGAAAGAAGGGCACAAGCUCUGGGGAUGGAUAUGGAGUGGUUGCCCAAUGGAGGAGUGAAGACAGUAUUAGGUCCAAGAUCAUUAACAAGGGUGUUUGAUGGAAGAAAAGGAAGGAGAAUGUGGUUCAACACAAUGGUUGGGAUGCAUGGGAAGGAGCUGAGCUCAGCCUUAAUGGCAGACGGAACUGAAAUACCAGAAAAGUUUGUGAAGAGAUGUGAGCAAAUUAUUGAAGAAGAAAGCAUCCAGUUCAAGUGGGAGGCAGGUGAUGUCCUUUUUCUUGAUAACUUGGCUUUGCUUCAUGGAAGAAGGCCUUCUUUGCCCCCAAGAAGAGUGCUUGUUGCCACUUGCAAGUAGCUGUUCUUGUUUUGCAAGUAAAAGAAAUAUAUAUAUAUAUUUCUUCCAG